AUGGCCAUCGAGAUCACCCCCUUGACCAAAGCCGACAUCGCCGGUUCCAUCGAAUGCAUCCAGAAGGCGUUUGCCGACGAUCCGUACUUCCUCUGGCUGUUCGAUCAAACCAAGUUCAAUGUCAAACGCAACACCGUCUCGCUGACGGGCCACUAUCUGCACGGUCUUCACACUGCAGCUCCUGUCUUUGUAGCGAGGGAGGUGCCCAGCGCCGCCGACUCCACCGAGAAGGCCGCCGUCGCCGUUGACGAGGUGGAGUGUGCGUCGUCUUCCUCGUCCUCGUCGUCUGCAUCCGUCACUGCCGCGGCCACUUCUCCCGAAUCGACCAUUCUCGGAAUCUCCUCCUGGUACGCUCCUCACCCGCCGGGCAAUCCGGAACCCUGGUCCCACUGGGUGCAGGAAUGGAUCCUCUCGAUCCGCCAGCUGGUGAACAUCAUCCGGUUCGGCGGCCGUGGCGGGUUGAAUGUGAAGCGGUACAAGACGUGGAAGGCCCGCCAGGCCGAGGCGCAGGCAAAGGUCUGGACAGACCCGCGCGGGUACUACUUUUGCAACGUGGUCGCGGUCGACGACCGCGCACGCGGUAAAGGCGUGGGCCGCAAGCUCAUCGAGGCGGUCACCCGCCGCGCCGACGAGGAGGGCAUGCCGUGCUACCUGGAGAGCUCCAAGCUCGAGCCCAACGUCGCCAUCUACCGCAAGAUGGGCUUCGAGCUUGUCGACGAGAUCACCUGUGAGGAGGGCGGCGAACAGUGUACUUUGUACGCUAUGAUCCGCCAGCCGCAGACCAAGGCGUAA